UGGAGCCGUGUCGUUUCUAUUGCUGUGGCAUCGCUUCGGGUCUCAGUGCGAACGCCAGAAGUUGAGAGUCGAGUUGAUUUGCCACUCGUGCGCUGCGAGGUGCGGGAGCAGUAGCAGCUCAAGUUUUAGGUCCGUUCAGUCACAAUUCAUCUCAUGACAGCUGCGAAACAUCGUUUCAUUUGGCAAAACUUAAGACUUACCUGUUUUACCAGCGUGGAGAGAUAUACUACUCAAAUUGUUGGGUUGUAUUUGUCAAAUUCCAUCUUUAUUAUCAACCUGCGCUUUGUGCAUAUUUUAUAUCUGUGCGCAUCCACCCGGCGAACGAUGCGCCUAUGAAUUUUAAGGAGCUAUUUUUCACACUUCCAGAUUUGGGGACAUUAAAAUCUCUCCUGGCGGUGUCAUGAGGGCUGUCGCCUGCUUGUCCGCUCGACUUUGUCAUUGUAAUUUUCAUGUGUCCGGUCGACUGUCGGAUGUCUGGAGACAAGCAAUGUCAUUUAGCAUUUUGUGAAGGUUAUGGGCUGAGUUUGAACAACUGCCGGAGGCGCGUUUCAAAGGAAGACGAUUUCCCUGCUAAACCUCCAAAACAGUCAUCUUUUCAUUGGAUUUUAAUGUAUUUUUUCCUCGAAGUUUGGAUACGUUUUCUAUUUUCUUUUUCCUCUUCCUCGGGACCAAUUUUAGGAUGCAGUUAUCUUGUGACACAGGAGUCUUGGCUAUGAAACUUCCCACACCAUCCUCACACAGCUUUUUUCUGGUAUUUUUGUUGGUACAAACAUCGCAGCUCAUUUCACCUUUUAUUAUAGGUACCGAGCCCAGCUGCGAAAAUGAAGGAGAGGUGCUUCAUUACCCCAGCAUCACCGACAACCCCUGCAUAUCCUGCGUCUGUCUGAACAAGAAGGUGGACUGCAAGCAGGAGAAAUGCCCCCAGGUGGCCGAGGACUGCGCACUAGUGGUCAAACAGACGGGAGCCUGCUGUGAGCGAUGCAAAGGUUGCCAACUGGAAGGGAAGUCCUAUAACAGCUCAUACAGCUGGAGCUCCUCCACUAAGCCCUGCAUGACUCGCCGCUGUCAGGAAGGUGUCAUCACUGAGGCCGAGAUGCAGUGUGUUGUCCACUGCAAGAACCCCAAGAUUCACCCCAAGAAAUGCUGCCCGUCCUGUCCAGGGUGUAUCUUCGAGGCCCGUCUGUACAAGGAACGCGAGGAGUUCCACCCAGAGGGAAAGCCAUGUAUCAAAUGCACUUGCACUGGAGGUCGUACGAUGUGCCAUCGAGAGAUCUGCCCCGUUCUCUCCUGUCCUGCCCAUCUGAGUCACACCCCAGCAGGCCAGUGUUGCCCCAAAUGCCUGGGUCAGAGGAAGGUUUUUGACUUGUCACUGGGGAGCUGUCUGUUCCACAGUGAGGUCUACGAGAACGGAACAUCCUUCAAGUACGACAACUGCACCACGUGUGUCUGUAAGGAUUCCACAGUGGUCUGUAAGAAGAGGUGUUCCAAACCAGGCAGUUGCCGUGGAGGCCAGGAGGCCUGCUGUGACGAAUGUCUGUCUUACAUUAAGGUCGAGGAUGUGAAGUACUGUCGCGUCAAGAACAAGAUCUACAGGGAGGGGGACAGGUGGUCGUCUGUGAACUGCACUUUAUGCACCUGUGUGAAGGGGAACAUCGAGUGCCAACCCAAACAGUGUGUGCCCAUCACCAGCUGUCCAUCGAAUAAGAUACUGAAUCGAACCGGCUGCUGUCCUGUUUGCACUGAAAAGCCAGGUGUGUGUACUGUAUUCGGGGACCCCCACUACAACACGUUUGACGGGCGCACGUUUAACUUCCAGGGCACGUGCGAGUACGUGCUGACCAAAGACUGCUCGCCGGCGGCCAGCUUCGUGGUGCUGGUGAAGAACGACGCGCGGCGCACGCGCUCCUUCUCCUGGACCAAGUCCGUGGAGCUGCAGGUGUCCGGCCUGAGCAUCAGCCUGCACCAGCACCUGACCGUCAGGCAGAACGGCACGCGCAUCGCCCUGCCCUUCCACAGCACCGGCGUCCACAUAGACCUGGACGGCUACCUGCUCAAACUGACCUCCAUCCUAGGACUGGAGAUCACCUGGGAUGGGGACAGCUUCGUGGAGGUGGUGGCCGCACCUCAUCUGCGGGGUCGUCUGUGUGGCCUUUGCGGGAACUACAACGGCCACAAGCGGGACGACACCAUCGGCGGCGACGGCGUCUUCAAGUUCGACGUGGACGAGUUUGCAGAGACGUGGCGCGUCGAGGGCAACGAGGUGUGCACUCAGCCGCCGCGGAGGCCCACCUCGUACCUGUGCCCCGGCUCCGUCAAGGUGAAGUUCCGCGCACACCGGGCCUGUCAGAAGAUCAAGUCCUGGGAGUUCCAGAAGUGUCAUCCGGUUGUGGACUUCACCUCCUUCUACAGGUCCUGCGUGACGGACAUGUGUGAGUGUCCGGUGCAUAAGAACUGCUACUGUGAGUCCUUCAUGGCCUACAGCCGGGCGUGUGAACGAGAGGGGGCCGUGGUGCUCUGGCGACCAGAGCAGAACUGCAUGACCACCCAGUGCAAGCACGGCGCCGUGUACGACACGUGUGGGCCCGGCUGCACCAAAACGUGCGACAACUGGAACGAGAUCGGGCCGUGCAACAGACCGUGCGUGGCCGGCUGCCACUGCCCUGCCAACCUGGUGCUGUUCCAGGGCCGCUGCAUCAAGCCCACGUCCUGCCCGGGCCGAUGACCCUCGGAGGACCCCAGGGUGGAGAGAUAAGUGUGGAAGGACAGGACAGGACAGGGACUCUGGACUCUGGAGUCGAAGGGCUGCAGCACAAACGCUGAGAGAGACUGCAGUGGUUCCCACAGUCCUGGACACAACCGGAGACCCUUUUUUUCUUUUCUUUCCACUUGGGUGACUUCAGAGCCACUGCGACCCCCCUCCCCCUCCCUUCUCCUCCCCCUCUGCUGGGCCCGAGCAGUGGACUUGACCGUACAAUGAUGAUGAACUUCUCUUCUCCCUGCUGAGGUAACGCAGCAGGCCGGCACCACCAGAGGCGCUCUCAGGACAAAAGAGAAGAGAGGCCGAUCAACCUUCAGUUGAGGCCAAGACUCAAAGCCCAAAGCCCAGUUGGUCUGGACCUCUCUGAAUACCGGCUACUACCAACUACAGUUCCGUCUUCAACCUGGAACAGCAACUCAAGAUGCUGCAUAGUGGGAGCAUGGAGAUGACACAUGGAGGUGAACAACACAUUCACAUCUCCAAGCACUCUCAUCUAACUCAGCAAAAAAGCUAAAACACAUACACACACACACACACACACACACACACACACACACUCAGUAGUUACUAUUAAGAAUACAGCUCUGGCUGUCUUAUUUAAUUCCCAACUUCCGUGUCAUUCAUGUGUUAAAUUUUAUACUGUAAACUAACAAGAUUUGUACAAAAAGACAGCUUUAUGUCAUUAUUGAUAUUAUUAAGUAUGGUUGUUGUUUAUGAUAUUGUUAAUUUAUAUGCAUUGGCCAAUUGAAAUGUUGUAGCAAGAGCCAAAUCAUCUAAUUUUGUUUAAAAAAUAAUGUAAAGGGAAAAGAUAUUUAUAUUUGUGUUGUAUUUUGUGCUAUUCUGAGGAGAAAUACCCAAAUGUGACACGUUAUUGCAACAUCACAGGGAAACUGUACUGUAUUUUUGGAGAAAAAAAAAGAAAAGAAAAAGAAAACGUUCAGUGUAUGGUUGUGUGUUCAUUUUCUAAUUGAAGGUGUUCAUAUGUACUUUGUAAUUAUGAUAUUUAAAAACAAUGAUAUAUGUGCUUUAAAUGAA